AAGCUGAAGCUGCACUAUACCAAAAACAGAAAGAAGCCGAAGGUGUGUUAUCUUUGUAUAACGCUCAAGCCGAGGGUAUCAAAAAUUUGAUGUUAGCAUUUAAUGGCGAUACUCAAGCAGCUGUUCAAUACAUUAUGAUUGAACGCGGCGUCUUCCAACAAUUGGCCAAAGAAAAUGCUUCGGCAAUCCAAGGCCUUAAUCCUAAAAUCACUGUUUGGAAUACUGGCGGUGAAUCUGCUCAAUCUUCUAAUAACCCAAUCAACAGUAUAUUUCAAUCUUUACCUCCACUUUUAUCAACAAUUCAAGAUCAAACUGGCAUUAAACCUCCUACUUGGAUUGCUCAAAUGUCUGAUAAUAACACCUCUUCCACUUGA